CAGUAUUCAUAUUCCAGUACCACAAUCACAACAAUUGAAUAAUAAUAAUAAUAAUGAUCUACAAUCUAAUAUUAUAGUACCACUACCAAAUAAUAAUACUUCACCAUCAAACAACAAUAAAUUACCACAGUCAGAUGACAACAGCAAUAAUAUUCCUUGUAUUCAAUCAUUACUAUCACAACAACCAAACAACAACAAUAAUUUUAUUAAAAUUCAACCAGAUGAUAUCAUUCCUAUUUCGCAAUCAUUGAAAUUAAAUAAUAAUAAUAAUAAUAAUAACAAUGACUUUAUUCAAAUACAACCAAACAAUGUUUCUACUUCUACUACCAAAUUGUCAAAAUCACCACUGCCAUGUGAUGUAACAGAAAAAAACAAUACAUUUCACAUCAUUUUUAAUGGAGGAAGAUUUUUGUAUAAAAAUUUACCUGUUGGUGAAUUUGAAUUAAAAAUAUUAUUACCCUCUGAGAUUGAUUGUGAUGAACCAGUAAACAUGGAGAUAGACAGUGGGAUUGUCAACAUCACAUUAAGUAAAUCAAUCAUUGAUGAAAAUGAUACAAAACGACUAAGAAUAAAGUGA